AGCAGCAACAGCCCAGCUGCCGCCACCAUGUCCCUGCAGGCUGAUUUUGACAUGGUCACAGAAGAUGUGAGGAAGCUGAAAACAAGACCAGAUGAUGAAGAAGUGAAAGAACUGUAUGGGCUUUACAAACAAGCUGUAAUUGGAAACAUUAAUAUUGAGUGUUCAGAAAUGCUAAAAUUAAAAGGCAAGGCCAAAUGGGAAGCACAGAACCCCCAAAAAGGAUUGUCAGAGGAAGAUAUGAUGAGUGCCUUUAUUUCUAAAGCCGAAGAGCUGAUAGAAAAAUAUGGAAUUUAG